AUGUUGCCUAGCGAAUCUUCUCAACGAUCUAAACCUGAGUAUAUGGCGUCGCCCCCAAGCGCUCACUUCCCACUUGAAAUAUUCAGUGUUAUCAUAUCAUUUACCUCGGGCCCAGGCACCCUUUGCUCACUAGCUCGGUGUUGUCGCGCGUUCACCAGAUCAGCCGAGUUUUAUCUCUAUGACACACUCAAAUUCGCGCCUGGCCUAAAAGCAAUCCAAUUGGCUCGCGCGUUGGUACGAUCGAGUCGGAGAUCCUCAUAUGUGCGCGAUGCCUCGGUAGAGCUCAUCGAGAACGCGAUCCAACCAAUACUCCUUCCAGCCGGCAUCAAACUUAUCAUCCGAGCCAUCGUCGGGUGUCCAAAUCUGGGCAGCUUGUCGUUAUCUUGGGGGUCUUGGAGAGUGAACUGGCCUGCCCGGCUUCUUUGGCCUAAUACUUUCCAACUGCACCGGUUUGUCUCGUGGUUUCAAUGGGAUCAAACCAUAUGUGAUUUCUUGAAGACCCAAUCAUCACUAAACGUUCUAGUCACCGUUCGUCCGGUCCAACUCAGGGGGGUUGCUCCAGAGCCUGAGCCCCACCUAGCAGAUUACGCACUCCCGUUUCUCUCUAGUUUUACAGGCAGAUUAGCUCAAGCUGUUUCUGUUUUGCCCGGUAGGCCAGUUACAUCAUUGGCAUUGAAUGGAUCAGUGUCGCUAUCCGAGUUCGAGUCUGCCUUGCCUGUACUAGCACAAACGUCUGCUCAAAUCGAGUCCCUUGCGUUACAAACCGGAGAGUUAUCUUCCAGGCUGUUCACUCUCCUUGGCGCACAUAUCCCAACCCUGACCCGCCUAGAACUGCGUAUUGUUCGUCCCGCAAUGGUCGCAUAUUCAAAUCUUACAUCCGAGAGCGUUUGUCAGGCCAUGUCUUUAUUGCCAGGCAUGAGACACUUUGGAUUGCGGCUUCGAUGCCCACAGUUAUUCGGGGCUUUGUGGUUUCAUACGCAGAGGGAUGUAGUACUUGACUGGAAGGAGCAUUGUCCGAACUUGUGUGAGGUGACCUUUGAGUCGAGUAGCGAUGACAAAGUGAUGGAGUGGGCGUUUGACGAAGAGGCUAUGGAUUGGGGUUGCUCUUUGGAUGAAGAUAAUUGA